AUGGCGUCGUCCAAGUACAAGGACAAGGACACCGGCGUCGUGCUCUCCUUCAACGGCCAAUGGAUCAGCUGGACACACACUGUCGUUGCCUAUGCUGCCUUUCUUAGCGCCCUCAUCAUCGGAUGCGCCCUCCACUACCACAAGAUCGUGAAGAACGAGUGGUAUGGCUACCCUGACGAGUGGUUUCCCUCCGUCUCUGCCACCAUUGGCGACCGAUAUCCCGAACGAUCCAUCUUUAUGAUCUUUAUCGCCAUCACUUCCGGUCCGAGAUUCGCCCUUGUUGGACUCUGGUAUCUCUUGACUGCCAAGCCCGGCCGUGUCCUCCCCAAAGCGAUUGCGCUUUGCGGUGUCAUCCGAACUCUUACUUGCGGCGGCUGGACCUACAUCACCUCGACCGACGACCAUGACUGGCACGAUAUCCUCAUGAUCUCGUACAUUGUCUUUACGAUCCCUUGGACCACCGGAUGCAUUGCGCUUAGCCCUCCGAACGCAAAGGCGAUCAAGUACAGGAAGUGGAUUGCCGGUAGCUUCUUUGGCUCCCUGGUUCCCUUGGUCUACUUCUUUAUUCAGCACAAGGUCCACCGUGUGGCCGGAGCCUACACCAUCUACGCCUUCUUCGAGUGGUCCCUCAUUCUCUUCGAUGUUGCCUUUGAUGCGGUAACUGCUUUGGACUUUGACACGUUCGAGCUGGUUGUCAAGGAUGUCAAGGGCGCGAGCAAGGGUGCCAACGCCUCGUCCGUUCUUACUGCCGUGCUUGAGAAGGAGAAGGAGAAGGCCACUGCUGGCGUAUACUCUGCAGGGUUCAACCUGGGCCACGCUCUCGACAUUGCCGCCGAUGUUUACCAUGGCUUCGUCUUCUGGUCUACCCUGACCAGCUUGGGUCUUGUCAUUUGGUACUUCCCUCUCUGGCACAUGGGCAUCUCUGGCUAUGAAGCCCUCGUCAUGACCACCAUUGCCCCCAUAUUCCUCGGCAUUCGGCCUUUGCGCUCUCUGGUUGUCAACAACCAACGCCUCUUCCAUGUCCUCUCGCUUGCUGGGUUGGUGGCCUACAAGAUUCACGACCCUGUCUAUCGCCUCUUCACCGUCGGUUUCGGUGUCUUUAUGGGCUGCCUUGCCUGGGCUGCUACUUGGUCUUCUGACUCUGUGCACCCUUCCAGACUCGAGAGCCGCGUCGUUGCCUGGCUCGCUGGUCUUCUCAUGUCCUCUGUUGCCAAGUUUGCGUGGUACACCAACAACCCAAUCUGGCCCGUCAUGCACGCCGAGAACGGUGGGUGGAACGGUACCGGUCUUGUUCUUGCCGUCUUGGCUGUGCUCAGGUUCACUCGCAAGGCUCCCCUUAACAGCUGGGACAUUAACGAGCAGAAGAAUGGCUCUUCGCUCCUCUCCGCCUUUGGCAUUGGUGGUCUCUUCUUCGCUAUUCACUCCCUGCUCUCGGAUACCAGCACCAUGAUCCUCUGGGUUUGGGGUGGCUUCCCUGUCCGUGGCCCCGUCUCCAACGUCCAUGCCUACUACACCAUUGCUGCCAUGACCAGUGGUCUCCUCAUUGGUGUCUUCAGGCCUGGCAUGGUUACCAACUGGACCGCAUACGGUGUUGCCUGCGUUGGUGCUGCUAUGCUCACCUUGUAUGAGCAGUGGUUCGGCUACUAUGGCGCCUUGAUCCUGACCACCUACCUCAUGGCCAUCGCCGUGCCCUUGAUCAGCAAGGCUGCCAAGAAGAGCCCAGCUGUCACUUUUGGUGUCGGCUUCCUGUUCUACAACCUCCUUGUACUCUUCCACGUUUGGGUUGUCGCCUACGCUUUCGUCCCUGGUGGCCCCUACGUCCGCGAGCACACCGAUUGGAUCAUGAUCGCUACCAUGCUCACUAUCGGCGCCGGUGUUUUUGACCUUAUCUCCGGACAAGCGAACCGCAAGUACGCUGCGACCACCGACCGUCGCAACUCUUCGUUCGGCCACCGCAAGUACCACGUUGGUAUCCUCGGCCUCCUCAACAUCCUUUUCCUCGUCGCCAACUUCCUCCGCUUCCCUUCGUAUGACUACAAGCCUCACCAUGCUGACGACCGCCUCUUCACGGCCGGCAUUUGGACUAUUCACUUCUCGCUCGACAACGAUAUGUGGUCUUCUGAGUACCGCAUGCGCGACCUCAUCAAGGAAUUGGAAGUCGACGUCAUCGGUCUUUUGGAAUCUGAUCUCCAGCGCAUCAUUAUGGGUAACCGCGACACCACCCAGUUCCUCGCCGAAGAUCUCGGCAUGUACGUCGACUACGGCCCGGGUCCCAACAAGCACACGUGGGGCGCCGCUUUGCUCUCCAAGUUCCCCAUUCUCAACUCCACCCACCAUUUGCUUCCCUCCCCCGUGGGCGAGCUGGCCCCCGCGAUUCACGCCACACUCGAUGUCUACGGCUCCCUAGUGGACGUCUUCGUUUUCCACUCCGGUCAAGAAGAAGACCCCGAGGACCGCCGUCUCCAAUCCGAAUACCUUGCUAAGCUCAUGGGCUCUAUCCCCGCCGACCGGCCCGCCGUUCUGCUCUCUUACCUUGUCACCAAGCCCCUGGAAGGAAACUAUAACACGUACGUCUCCGACGUCUCAGGCAUGCACGACGUGGAUUACACAGACUGGGACCGAUGGUGCGAAUAUAUCCUUUACAAGAACCUCCGCCGCACGGGCUACGCCCGCGUGAGCAGGUCAACCAUUACAGAUACGGAGUUGCAGGUCGCCAAGUUCGUGGUGCCCAAAGAUGAGGGGGAUAAGGGCAGGGUCUUGGCGGCGAGUGAGGAAGAGAGGGAUAGGAGAGUGGAGGAACAGGAUGUGCCGGAGGGGUGGAGGUUCCCGGCGUUAUUUAGGGGAGAGGGUGUUAGGGGGCAUCAAUAUCAUGUUUUUGAUGAGCCUAGGUAUUAUAAUUUCUAG